ACCUCACUUUUUAGUUUUCACAUAGCUCAUGUGGAGGAAAACAGGUGGAAGCUCUUUGUCUCUUUCUAUAAGGGCACUAAUCCCAUUCAUGAAGCCUCCACCCUCAUGACCUAAUUAUCCCCCAAAGACCCUGUGACCUAAUGCCAUCACAGUGGGAGUUAGGAUUUUAAGAUAUGAAUGGGGGUUGCACGGGCAUUCAGUCAGUAAGAAUUUUUUGUUCCCAGUACCUAUCUGUUGUGGUACCUGACAUAGAUACCCAGUGUAUAUCUGUUGCAAAUUGAAACACUGUAUCAGAAACUCAGAAGAGUCUGGAUUUCAUAAAAUAUUAAGGGUAACUUGAAAGUGAUCUGUUUUUUUAUUUUUCAAAGAACAUGAGAUAAAGUUGUUACAUUUUUUUCCAAAAGUUUGGUCUAAGAUUAUUGCUGUUUAUCUUUAUAACUGCAAAAGACAAGGAUGUUAACUGCGAAAGUGUAGAAACUCAUUCCAUGCCACCGUGGAGAGACAGCUGUGUUAGCCCAGUGAUUACAACACUCCCCAAGGACAUAGGGGAGCUGGUAUCUUGGAGGGAGAACAAGCAUGGACAAACACACACACACACACACACACACACACACACAAUUAUCAGUCAGGGAGACAUGGGCCGUGUGAGAUGCUUGGAGGAGAUGCUGCCUUGAGGUGCCUGGGGACACUCAGGGAAGGAGAAAUGGUCCGUGUGUUGCAGAAGAUUUUAUUUAGGAGCUAGAGAUGGAGUCAGCCUAUCUUCAAAAGCACCUUGGGACGUGUCUAAUUCAGGGUCUUGCAGAAGUGGCAAGAGUUCACCCUGUGGAUCCAAGAGAAUAUUUAGCUUUGUGGAUUUACAAGUAUAAGGAAAAUGUGACUAUGGAAGAGCUGAGACAGAAGGAAAUGGCCCAGUUGGAGCAUGAAAGAACAUUGGCACUGGUGGAGCAGGAAUUGCUGGAGAAGCUCAGAGCUGAGGAGCUCUUGUUUCAGCAGCAGCAGCUGGCAUUACAGCUGGAGUUGGAAAUGCAAGAAAGAGAGAGACAGAGAAUAGAAGAACUUGGGAAAGUGCAGGAACAAUUAGAGAAGGAGAAGAGAAUGAAUAUGGAAAAUAUAGCCAAGGGUGAAGAUGCUUUACAUUCAGAGGAAGGAGCACAAGAGUCAGGCAAAACUCUAGCAGAAAUUAGUGAUCGAUAUGGGGCGCCGAACUUGAGCAGAGUGGAAGAAGUUGAUGAACCAAUGUUAUCUGAUGUUGCAUUAAACAUUGAUCAAGAUUUGUAGGAUCAACCAGCCUAAGAUCAAUAAAUUUCUCUGCUUGUUUCAAA